GCGUCUUUCACGGCGUCGGAACCCCCUUCCACCGUCCCUCUCAGGCCCUCCCCUCCUCAUGGGGAAGAGAAAGAAACUGAAACCAAAAUCCCCUUCGUCUGCCUCCCCUCGAGGUAGCUCGAGCAGCUCAACAAACUCCACCCAAACCUCUGGCGUGAAGAAGCAUUUGACUCCGGUCUUUGCUCCAGUAGCCCCGAUUGAGAAUGCCUCAGCAGUCAUUGCGACCGACUCAGUCAAUUCUUCCCCAUCGGGCAGGAAUCUGACGACUAGGUCAAUUGUGCCUGAUCCAAUUGAUGCCACAGUGGCUGCGCCGGAAACGGUACCUGCUGUCCCAUCUGAUACUCUUGUUAACACCGGUGGAGAGACUCCAGUGCUAGCAUCUAUCAACCUGUCUGCGCCAACCGCUAACGCGGUGAACCCAGAAGAUGCUAUAGUAGCUCAACCGACUGAGAAACAAGUUGCUCCUUUUGCAACGCCUGCUACCACUGGCGGAGAGAUCCCUGUGCUAGCUUCAACCAACCCUUCUGCGCAAGCUGCUCCUGCGGUAAACCCAGAGAAUGCAAACAAGGCUUCUACCUCCAAGGCUGCUGUUCCUCCUAAUUCAGAUGAAUGGGUAAACAUGGUGAAAGGAAGGUACAAGAAAUUGGAGAAAAAAGGCACAGCUUUCACUCUACCAUCGGGUGAGGCGUGUGUCAAGAUUCCAAACUCGGUAAUUGAGAACAACAAGAAGGGCUGGGAGUCCUUCAUAAUUGGGCAAUUCUACUCAGACCCCCCUGCUCAAAAUCUGAUCCACAACAUUGUGAAUGGAAUCUGGAGUAAGAGGUUCAGAGACAUAACUGUUUCGAAGCUUGAAGGGAACGCCUUCCUGAUCCGUAUCCCUAAUGCAAGCACCAGGGAGCGGGUCCUCCAUCAAAAGCUGUGGCAGAUUGAAGGACAGACUAUGUUUGUCGCAAACUGGGAGCCCGGAGUAAUACCGGUGAAACCUGAACUCUCCACUGCGCCCAUCUGGUUAGAACUGAGAGGUGUUCCCUUUCAAUUCUUCAACGAGGAGGGCCUUGAGCGCAUUGCUGGCCUCGUCGGACACCCGAAGUUUCUCCACCCAGCCACGGCAAACAAGACGAUUCUUGAUGUGGCUAAAGUCUUUACUAUUAUAGACCCCAGAGUGCCUCUACCGGAAGCGGUCAAUGUCCAGUUUGAUUCGGGAGAUAUUCGGCGUAUUGCUGUCUCCAGCCCUUGGAUGCCUCCAGUCUGCUCUUACUGUAAGGAAGUGGGUCACAGUAUAAAGCGCUGUAGGUCUGCCCCGAUAACUUGCCCGGCAUGUAAGUCCUCUGCUCACUCGACUGAAAACUGUCCUCGUGCUAAGCAGCAGAAGAAGACUGAGAAGAAGCAAAAGAAAACUCCGGCACAACAGCAAUACGUUGUCAAAACUGUUACUGCCACACCUUCGAUCCAACAACAGGAGGUUGUUCCUGCGAGUAACGGAAACCUUCAGAAACCGCCUGACUGGAAAGGUAAAGGCAUCGCAGUCGCGACUCAAGACUCGGAUUCGGAUCAACCUUCUGAUGUCGAGCCAGACUCUUCUGAUGUCCCCUCCUCUGCUUCUGAUCGUGAAGAAGGAGAGUACAUUACAGUCACUAGAAAGAAGAAAACCCGAAAGGGUGGGGUAAAGAACCCCACAAAACACUAAUCAGUUUUUAUGUGUACAGAAACUUUUUGUUGGAACGUCCGCGGAUUUAAUAAAUCAUCGCACCGGCGCGGGUUUAAAAAAUGGUUUAGGA